UGUCGCAGGGAGCCCUGCGGGGCCCGGCUCUGCCUGGUGACGGGUGAUGCUGCCCAGCCUCGGUCCUCACUGGCCCUCACUGGGACUGCCAGUCCCGGCGCUGGGCAGGGCCGGGGGGAUUCCCUGACCGGGCAGAGCGCGGCUCACUCGGGGGUCCCAGCCCCUUCCCGGCCUCCGCUGUGUCGGCGAUGGAGCCUGCUCGUGUGGGGGGAGUUGGGGCUGUGCUGGUGGCACUGGUGGUGCUGGGAGCCCACCCAGCUCGCGGCGAGCAGACCUCAGAGGUUUUCCAGGAGUAUGGUGAGUCUGAGUGUCAGUUCUUCAACGGCAGCGAGCGGGUGAGGUUUGUGGAGAGGUACAUCUACAACCGGGAGCUGUAUACGCACUUCGACAGUGACGUGGGGCUCUAUGUGGCCGACACCCCCCUGGGUGUGCCCCAAGCCGAGUACUACAACAGCCGGGAGGAUGUACUGGAGCGUAAAAGAGCCGCAGUGGACACGUACUGCCGACACAACUAUGAGGUUUCGAACCCCUUCAUCGUGGAGAGGAAAGUUCCGCCCAGAGGUGAGGGUCUUCCCCAUGGAGUCGAGCUCCCAGCCCCAGACCAACAGGCUGGUUUGCGCCGUGACGGGAUUUCUACCCCGCGGAGGAUGGAGGUGAAGUGGUUCAAGAACGGGCAGGAGGAGACGGAGCGCGUGGUGUCCACGGACGUGAUCCAGAACGGGGACUGGACCUACCAGGUGCUGGUGAUGCUGGAAACCACCCCGCAGCGCGGGGACACCUACGCGUGCCAGGUGGAGCACGUCAGCCUGCAGCGCCCCGUCACCCAGCACUGGGAGCUGCAGUCGGACGGCGCCCGGAACAAGAUGCUCACGGGAGUGGGGGGCUUCGUGCUGGGACUCAUCUUCCUGGCGCUGGGGCUCGUCCUCUACGUGCGCAAGAAGGGCGCCCCGUUCCCCGUGUUGCAGGGCUCCUGAGCGACCUCCUGCCCCCGCGGCUCCGCUCCGCCGCUGCCCGGCCUCUGCCCCCCCGCCUCACCUCCGCCUCGCACCGCCCCGGCCCGCAGCCCCACGGCCCCACGCUGCUCCCCGGGGGGUCCCCCCCGGGUCCCCCCCUCCCGGCCUUGCCUGUCGCUGCUCUGCAGCCCGGCUGUCCCCAGGGCCCCACGGCCGUGGCCCUCAGUCGCUCCAGCUCUGCCUAAUAAAGUGUCCCUGGA